CGAGAUCCCAUUUGGAGUGAGGCGGAAUCCAAAUUCUAAGAAUCAGGAAGAGUAAGAAGAAACAGUGUCAGUUGUGAAGAGGUGUCUCGUGCUGAGAAAGAAGACGUAGAUGGAAGCCUACGGUGGGUACUCGGUGGAUGAGAAAGCUGCUAGGGUUGAGGACGCUUUCCUAGAAUUUCUUAAGAGUUUCCGGUCCGGCCAGCAGAGAGAGCCCUAUUACGAAGCUGAGAUUGAGGCAAUGAAAGCCAACGAAUCCAACACAAUGUUCAUCGAUUUCUCACAUGUCAUUCUCUACAACGAUCUUCUUCAGAAAGCCAUCUCUGAUGAAUACUUGAGAUUUGAGCCCUACCUGAAAAACGCUUGCAAGAGGUUUGUUAUGGAGUUGAAGCCAACCGUCAUAUCUGACGAUAACCCUAACAAAGACAUAAAUAUUGCCUUCUUCAACAUUCCACUUGUUAAGAGGCUAAGGGAACUAACCACAGCUGAAAUUGGAAAACUAGUAUCUGUGACAGGAGUGGUGACAAGGACAAGUGAGGUUCGACCCGAGCUUCUCCAGGGAACCUUCAAGUGCUUAGAAUGUGGUGGGGUUGUAAAGAAUGUUGAACAGCAAUUCAAGUAUACUGAGCCUGCGGUCUGUCUAAAUGCAACCUGUUUAAAGGGGGCAAGGUGGGCAUUGCUGAGGCAAGAGAGCAAAUUUACUGAUUGGCAGAGGGUCAGAAUGCAGGAGACAUCUAAAGAGAUACCUGCUGGCUCUCUUCCUAGGUCUUUGGAUGUUAUUCUACGUCAUGAGAUUGUGGAACAGGCCAGGGCUGGUGACACGGUGAUCUUUACAGGAACUGUGGUUGUCAUACCUGAUAUAUUGGCAUUAGCAUCUCCUGGAGAGAGAGCUGAAUGCCGCCGAGAAACUUCUCAACGCAAGAGUUCUUCAGUUGGAACUGAAGGUGUGCGGGGUCUUAGGGCUUUGGGAGUCAGAGACCUCUCAUAUCGACUAGCUUUUAUAGCCAACUCUGUUCAGAUAUGUGAUGGGAGAAGAGAGUCAGACAUCAGGAAUAGAAAGAAGGAUGCGGAUGACGAAGAACAGCAAUUUACAACACAGGAGCUUGAUGAAGUUAAAAGAAUGAGGAACACUCCAGAUUUCUUUAACAAACUUGUUGACAGCGUAGCACCAACCGUCUUUGGUCACCAAGAUAUAAAGCGAGCAAUCCUUCUUAUGCUCAUGGGUGGAGUACACAAAUUUACUCAUGAAGGCAUCAAUCUUAGAGGAGACAUUAAUGUUUGUAUUGUUGGGGAUCCCAGUUGUGCCAAGUCUCAGUUUCUCAAAUAUACUGCUGGCAUAGUUCCAAGAUCUGUGUAUACAUCUGGAAAAUCAUCCUCUGCUGCUGGCUUGACUGCAACAGUUGCCAAGGAGCCUGAGACUGGGGAGUUUUGCAUUGAGGCUGGUGCUUUGAUGCUUGCCGACAAUGGUGUUUGCUGCAUUGACGAAUUUGACAAGAUGGACGUCAGAGAUCAGGUUGCAAUUCAUGAGGCCAUGGAGCAGCAGACAAUUAGUAUCACCAAGGCAGGAAUACAAGCCACACUUAAUGCACGUACUUCCAUUCUUGCUGCUGCCAACCCUACUGGGGGACGAUAUGACAAAUCUAAACCACUCAAGUAUAACGUGGCUCUUCCACCAGCUAUUUUAUCAAGGUUCGAUCUAGUAUAUGUCAUGAUUGAUGACCCAGAUGACCAGACAGAUUACCACAUAGCCCAUCACAUUGUGAGAGUUCAUCAAAAGCGUGAAGAUGCUCUGACUCCAUCAUUCAGUACAGCAGAACUAAAGCGCUAUAUAGCUUAUGCAAAAACUCUAAAACCGAAGCUCAAUCCAGAUGCCAGAAAACUACUAGUAGAUUCUUAUGUUGCCCUUCGGAGAGGAGAUAUGAACCCUGGUAGUAGAGUUGCAUAUCGCAUGACUGUUAGGCAGUUGGAGGCAUUAAUCAGGCUGUCUGAGGCCAUUGCACGGUGUCAUUUGGAAAGUCAGGUGCAACCUCGUCAUGUUCGCAUAGCAGUAAGACUGCUGAAUACAUCCAUAAUAAGUGUGGAGUCCAGUGAAAUUGAUCUGUCUGAAUUUCAAGAAGAAAACCCAGAUGACAGCACUGGUGGUGGUGAUGGACCUGAUAGCAGAAACGACGAUGGUGGUCAAGGGGGAAGUGCUACAGAUCGGAAAACUGAUGGAACGAAAGAGGGUGCAGCAGAAGGUUCUGCCCCUCAACAAGGGAAGAAACUUGUUAUAAGCGAUGAAUAUUUCCAGAGAGUUACCCAAGCCCUUGUUAUGCGCCUUAGACAGCAUGAAGAAACUGUUGCACAAGGAACUGGUUUGACUGGAAUGAGGCAACGGGAUUUGAUCCAAUGGUAUGUAGGCCAGCAAAAUGAGAAAAAUAAUUACAGUUCAAUGGACGAGGCAGCUUCAGAAAUUACCAAAAUUAAAGCUAUUAUCGAGAGUUUGAUUCGAAGGGAAGGCCAUUUGAUAGUGUUAGAUGAUGGUAGGCAAGAAGCUUCAGAGGCUGCAGGUGCAGAGCACGUGACAUCAAUAUCUAGAAACGACCGAAUCUUGGCUGUGGCUCCAAACUAUGUUGUCGAUUGACAGCAAAGCUAUGACUUCUAAGUGCGUACAUGGAAACAUUCGGAUUAUUCAAUUACCACUCGAAUGGGGCAACAUUUUGGUCUUCCGUGAAAAUGAGGUAGCGGAUCAGUGGUGAUUUAUGCUGAGUUCAGAUAGUUGUAUCCUUGUCCGUCAACAGUUUUCGUGCUGGCGGUGUAAAGAAUUUGUCACCAAUGAAAAAUCUGAUGCGCCAACGGCCUCGGCGCGCUCCUAAAUUUUAUUUACUACUUGAGAGAGGUUUUAUCGACUAACUGUCGCAGUUUAAUUAUGUAAUCUUACACAUACUCUUGUUUAGAGUCACAAGACUCUGGCGACCUUGGAUGACCAUGCGUUUUUCUUUCCUUU